AUGAACACAUGGCCAAAAUUCACAAUCGAAUGGUCUAUUCGUGAGCAAGAAGCUAUGGUGUCACUGAACAUUGACAGGAAAUUUGUUGAUCCAAAAGAAGAUUUAAAUGUACAAAAUCAUGAACGCGUACGAACUUUCAUUGAACCAAUUGAAAGUGAAUUAAAACGAGUGACUAUGUUGAAAUUGAAAUUAAUUGAUUUACGUAAAAUAGCGAGUGAUCGAUUUCAGUAUGCUCAUGAGCCCAUCCGAUCGGUAGCUGAACAACGAGAUAUGAUUACAAAAUGUCUUAAUCAUGUUUAUCCUGCCGAAUAUAAAUACACUUUAAUGGUAAAGAACAUGGUGCUCAAAUUAGCUGAACGUGAUCAAAAUAUUUCUAAAAGCGGAUUAAAAGAUUUUCGCAAGUAA